CACAUCAAAAUGAAAAGAGAAGGUGUAGGGAAGAAGUGGGGAGGGGGAGGUACAGGAGUAACGCUCCCAUGGAAAUUAAUUGAAAAGUGAUUGGACAGGACAUUGAGCUGAUUUAGUAGGACGACGUCGCUUCGUCAGGGCUUCACCUUACGCAUUCAUUUGGGAGAAAGGGAGCAAUUCACUUGAGAGAAAAGCACUCCUUCGAGAGUUAGGGCUUGCGCGUGAGAAAGCGAAGUGAGAAGAGAGGGAAGCUCCAUUGAUGCCAACCUGACCGGAGCUGACCGGCGGGAAAGUUGAAGAUGACCGGAGCUGCCACGUGGAUAGAUUAAACGGAUGGAAAGAAGAUGAAGGUUGGUCGUCGAUUAUAAAGCGCGAAGCUUCUCGAGCAAGUUUGUUUACAAAUGAAGAAAUGACUGAGAAGCCUCUCAGCAUUCAACUAAAUUGAGUUAAGGAUAUUCUUGGACGAAUGAGGAUGACUUCCAUGUAGAANCUUUUUAANAGAAUUGGAUAGANGGCCANAGUGCUUGGGUACGGGGAUGGUGCUACCAUAGCAGAUUUUUAGGGUUCUAAAUCGUCAUCAUCAUCUUCCUUAUUGUGAUCUGCACAUUAAACUUCUGAAGUUUAAUGUUUGGCGUCAAAUGAAGGUGAAAGGUGAUAUAUGAUAAGGCAGAAUUCUCUAACAUCAAAAUUCAUCACUUGAGCUGAGAUUUUUAAUAUUCUUUUAUGGGCCAUAAUUUACCUCAUGCUGAACUGCCUUUCAAGACUUAGAUGUGUUUCUUUCUUACAUUCUUUUCCCAAAGUGUCCAAAAAUAUAAAGCAAAUCCAUGCCCAGGUAAUUACUAAUGGCCUGAAAUCGCCUGCCUUCUUGGCCAAGUUAAUUGAGCAUUAUUGUGGCUCACUAGACUCACACAUUGCUAAUAAUGCACAUUUAGUGUUCGGGUACUUUGACAAGCCAGACCUGUUUCUCUUUAACACUUUGAUAAGAUGUGUUAAACCCAAUGAUUCUAUUAUAAUUUUUCGAGAUGAGUUUUCUCGGGGACUCAUGUUUUUUGAUGAUUACACUUACAAUUUUGUUCUUGGAGCCUGUGCUCGCUUUCCGUCAGCUUCAACGUUGUGGGUAGGUAGACAACUACAUUCCCUGAUAGUAAAGCAUGGGGUUGGGUCAAAUAUUUUGGUUUCGACUACCAAAAUAUACUUUUAUUCUACCAACAAAGAUAUUAUCUCAGCCCGACAAGUGUUUGAUGAAAUGUCAAUGAGAAGCAGUAUUACGUGGAAUGCUAUGAUAACAGGUUAUUCUUCCCUUAAAGAAGGGAAAAGACAAUAUGCUUUCAAUGCAUUGUCAUUGUUUAAGGACAUGUUGGUUGAUGUACGUGGAAUUAAACCAACAGAUACAACCAUAGUUGCUGUCAUUUCAGCAGUUUCUCAGAUGGGUUUGCUAGAAACUGGUGCUUGCGUACAUGCAUUUGCUGAAAAGACAUUGUGUACUGAAGAUGAUGUGUUCAUUGGGACUGGUCUUGUUGAUAUGUACUCAAAAUGUGGAUGCCUUGAUAGUGCCUUGUCUGUCUUCUGGCACAUGAACCAGAAGAAUAUCUUGACUUGGACGGCAAUGACUACAGGCCUAGCUAUCCAUGGGAAAGGAAAACAAGCCUUGGAGGUUUUAUACAAGAUGGGGGAUUACGGUCUGAAGCCUAAUGAAGCAACUUUUACUAGCUUUUUAUCUGCUUGUUGUCAUGGUGGGCUUGUCGAAGAAGGCCUUCAAUUGUUCCAUGAAAUGAAGAGAACAUUUAAUGUGACACCUCAGAUAAAACAUUAUGGUUGCAUUGUUGACCUUCUUGGUCGUGCUGGAAAGUUAAAAGAAGCAUAUGAAUUUAUCAUGCGGAUGCCAAUUAAUCCUGAUGAUGUAAUAUGGAGGACUCUGCUAGGUGCAUGCAAGAUUCAUGAGGAUGUUGCGAUGGGAGAGAAGGUGGGAAAAUUUCUCCUCCAGUUGGAAGAAUGUAGUCGUCCAGAGUUGACUUCAAAGAGCGAAGACUAUGUAUCUCUGUCAAAUGUUUAUGCUUUAGCAGAAAGGUGGGUCGAAGUUGAAUCUGUAAGGAAACAAAUGAGAGCUAAGAGAAUCUCGAAUAACACUGGUUGUAGCGCUGUUCAAAUUGUCAGUCUGUAGAACGAAGAUCACAGAAAGAGAAUUUUGAGGCAGAGCAUUUGAGUAAACCAACAGAGAUUAACUGUUGAGCGGGACAAUAGUACAUUUCCUUGUCCAAGUAUUUUUGAAGAUGCCCUUGCAAAAUGGAAGUGGCUGAUCCUGUCUAAUGAAUCACUGUCAAAAACAGAUCACUGAAGCAACAUCACACAACAUUUAAUAGGACAUUUGCAAGCAGGAUCUCGUCUAAAAUUUUCAACAUGAUCCUAAAUCGUCCUUAACUUUGUGAAAACCUGUCAGAAUAAGAUCACUUGUUACGAUCUAUAAUUCAAAAACCCUCAAAAGAUCUCCCUGAAACAUUGAUCGCAAAUCCUUCCAGAUUUCCUCUACCUUAUCUAUCCAUAAUAUACUUUUCUUUAUAGGAGAGGAAACAGAAUGGAAUAUCCAAUAUUGAGUAAUUUGGAUCAUUCUUACAUGUUCUAAAAUGGUAGUUGUCGGUUUCAAGAACAGGAACGACAAGGAAACGGCUAGAUAUUACAUGUUGAUGUAGCUUCAAAGGAAAGGUUAAAGAUGGCUUAUAUGUCUUCCCAUCUCGUAAAAAAUUGAAUAUUUACUGUCAACUCUGCCAUAUAACUAUGUGAAUUCUCCUUUUUUUACUGUUAUUCAUGUUCUUACAAAUUGUAAUAUAUCAGAAGAUAUGUGAAUAUAGUUGCCACCUUUCUGUACUUCGAAUACUGUAUAUUCAUGUUCGGCACAGCUCCAUACUCAA